UGAACUCGAAAUAAGUCCUUUUUUUAAAUCUUCGAUUCGCUUUUCAUUACGUGCGAUAAAAAUCCCUUCACUUCUUCUGACUCGCUUGGCUUUGAUCGAUAUUAUAUUGUGUCUCGCCGGAAGAAAACACCAGGAGAAGAAGUGGGCUCCUUCUUUGUUGACGUUCACCGGCUUACCUGGCUGUCUCCCACUUUGCGGACUGCGAGAACUCUUCCCGCGUCGGAGAAGUAAAACUCUCGCACCUUUUCCGAUCUCCAACAGUCCCGAACUCGUCCCCGUCGACGUGCGAACUCGUUAAGCCCCGCAGCUGACGUAUCAGCUCAGCCUCUUCCUGAUCUCGUCUCUUCCUGGAUACUAGGAAAUAAGGAAGGAAGAAAGGAAGGAAAACGCCGCACUGAAUUCAAUGCUGAUAUCCCCUGAAAGAUACAAGAGGCACUUCUCUCGUGAAAUUAAGCGAGACCACUCAAUAUCGAUAAGAUCAAAGAAGCUAAGAACAAACGUUAAGAAAAAUAAUAAAGAACUCUCGUAAGCUUGAUCUCACAAGGGAGAUCAGUUUUAUGAAGGUGAAUUCAUCUUUAUUUAUGAGGGUCGGUGACUGACUGAGAUAAGCUACUGAGAGAGUAGUCGUAAAACGAGCGAGAGGAGUCUUUGAUGUAUCGGUGGUGAAAUUCGACGAGAAAUACAACGGGUGCUUCGUCAUAGUGUGAACAUCGAUUUAUACCAGAAACAGAAUUCAUCUUUCGUGAUGAGACGAAGAUACUUCUUGUGCUUUCUGUGGACCGCGUUGAUGCUGCGGGAAAACAUCUUCGUGGUAGCUGAGGCCGAUCCUGCAAUUUUAAAUGGUCCCGAGUUGUCCCAUCUUCAACAGGGCCGUCUCGUGCACGAUCCGCGACCUCGUCUCUCGGCUUCCCAGCAAGCCCAGAUACUGAGCGACGUGCAGCAACAUCAGCAACGAUACCGACGUCCCAAUCAGGACUCCAAGAAUCCGCGGGUAACAUCUUUUCCCUCAUUCGAGCAAGUACAAUCAAGCACGCCGUAUAGCUCUCUAGCCAAGUAUAAGGUCGAUCGAGCGAAACAACAGCUGCAGCAAUUGCAGCAGCAACAGCAACAGGUGCAACAGCUUCUGCAACAGCAACAACAAAAGAUCGCCCAACAACUCGGCACUUCGAAUUUCGUGAACGGCGGAAGUGGCGGAAGCGGCGUACAGACGCCGCAAUUCCAGCAGCAAUAUCAGCAACAAUACAAUCAGUAUAAUCAGAACGGCUUCCAGAAUCUUCAUCAGGACGUGUCGCAGCCGCUGUUCAGCGAUCAGCAAACGCUGCAGCUGCAGGAAUAUAUCGAGAAGCAGCGCGAGCUGGAGCUGCUGCAGAAACAACGGCAGCAAUUGCUGUACGAGCAGCAGGAAUUGCGCAGGCAGCAGGAAUUGCUGCGACUUCAGCAACUCCAGAGGCUCACCUCCACUACGCCACCACCCCCGACUGCGACAUCAACCCCGAUCGUCAGCACCACUUCGGCGCCGUUGUUGCUUUCCUCGCCGACCGCGCGGCGUAUCACGCCGUCGGAAGCGGAACUUUUUCUUAAAGCAAUUGCUAACCAUCAGAAGAAAUAUACAACGACAGCAGCAAGCACAACUACGACGACCACCACCACCACCACUACCACUACCACUGAACCACCUCCGCCACCUAGACGUCUGAUCAGCACUCAUCAGGAAACGUCGGACAUACCGGAGAACCUGCUUAGCCUAAUUCAAGAUCAAGAGAGUCGACUAUUGCAGCAGGGCAAACCGAAGCCGCAGAUCAAGGUGAUUUAUCAGACCGAUAAACCCAGCAUGACGAAGCAGAAUUCUGGCGGUAGAAACAGAAAUUCUCAGCAGUCCGAGCGGGAAUUGUUACUGAAGCAACUCAAACUCGCUCUAGCCCAGUCCGGCGAUGAUGAAGACGUUGUCAGGAAUGUCACCACCAGGGAUCUAAUAUUGCCAAACGGCAAGAAGAUUCAAGUCAUCCACGCGCGCAACGGUUUACCUUCCAUCACAUCGAGUGGAAGCUCCACCAUUCAGACGUCAUCCUCAUCGCCAUCCUCAACGACCACUAUCAAGCCGCCGAAGGCGCUUUUUGAGGAACUGACGCAGGGCGGCGUGUUGCCGCCAGGUGCCGAUUUCGAGGUCAUUCGACAGAAGAGCGAUGGUAGACUCGAAGAAAUCGGCAAGACACCGAUUAUCCAGAAUCUACCGGCGAAGAAGGUCACAUUCGUCCUGUUGGAGGAGCAACCGGACGGCAGUUAUAAGGUACAAGGUGUCAAGGGUAACACCAAUGACAAGGAAAGCAGCACCGAUGUCGAGUCCAUCGUCGAGAAAAUCAAGAAGGGCGAGCUGAAGUUACCGCCCAGCUCACUCGGACCGACCACGCAGUCUUCCACGCUGGAACAUCUCGAGGCCAAUCUCGAUCCAAAUCUGCUAGUGUCCACUGGUACGUCCAGGACGCCGACGUCACCUCAUUACUCCAUCAGCACGACAGCGGCGACCUUCAGGCCUACCACUGUCAGAUCUACCUCGACCCGAUACAGCGAAAGCAAGUCGACGACAGCGGAUUACUUCCCCUACGUGACAGUGUCACCAAACUCGGUGUCUACAACCGACAAGUACGUUACCUCGGCAUCCAGUGUCACGGGCCACGUGUAUAACUCUCUAAAUACUAGCCCAACGAAGACGACCUUGUCGGAUCACAUUCCGCGAGUGACCACCAAAUACUCAUCGUCCACCAGGAGUCAGUUCAUCCCGACGAUGGCGCCGGUAAACGAAAUCGUGACGACGGCGACGACUCCAACGACUUAUUCGCAUCACACGACAAACUCUCACGUCUAUUAUUCCAAACACCCGCCUACGGAAACCUCCCCAUCGAUCUCAUUGUCUUCAACGGAAAAUACUGUAAGAAGUCAAAUUACCCAGGAAAAUCUGUCCACUUUGUUAAGGCGAGAAGGUCUCUUCGCUAUGGCAAAGUACUUGAGGCAAUCGGGAUUGGAUAAUGUACUGAAUGAAACCGGUCCGUACACUAUAUUCGUCCCUACGGACAAAGCCUUCAGGACGUUACUGGUGCAGCUGGGAGGGCCAGAGAAAGCUGAACAGAAGUUCCACGACAAUCCGAGACUUCUAAGUGGGCUUCUUCUUCACCACGUCAUACCAGGAGCCUUCAGGAUCGAUUCCCUGCAGGACGAGAUGACCGGCGUCAGUCUCGCAGGAACGCAGUUGCGGGUGAACGAGUACGCAAUGCAGGAUCACGAAUGGAAUGAUGUGAAAGUAACAACGAUAAAUGGGGCACGUGUCGCGCCCAACAAACGGGACAUUGAGAUUCCUCAAGGUAUCGCCCACGCCGUCGACAGGGUCAUGUUCCCGCUUCCGGUCGGAGAUUUGGUGCAAACCCUACAGGCCGAUCGUGAACGAAGGUUCACUACAUUCCUUCGGAUGUUGCAUGCGUCAGGCUUGGAGGACACACUUACAGGACCGAAGACAUUCACCAUAUUUGCACCAAUCGAUUCUGCUUUCACCGAUGCGUCCACGAAGAACGGCGCUCCAAUUUGGAACGAAGAGGACGGUCCGGAAGCGGCAAAGGCGAUAAUCUCGCGACACGUGAUUCCCUCGUCUCUUUAUACAGCCGGAAUGAGAUAUUAUAUUCAAAAGGACACUCUUCGUCCACAGUCGCCGGUUCAUAUCCAUAAAAACGGCGGACGAGUACGAGUGAACGAAGCACAUGUUGUAACGCACAAUGUGCCAGCAACGAACGGUGUGUUGCAUGCUAUCGACGGUGUAUUGUAAAACGACAGAAAUGAAUAUAAAUUGACGAUUAAAUUGCAACAGCAAGUUGCAACAAGGUGAUAAUUAUUCGUAAUAUAAAACAAUAAUUAAAUGAAAGAUUGAAAACCGAUAUAUCGGGUAAAGAUAAAUAAAUUAUUUGUGAGAUAAAAAAAAUGCGUGGCGAUUAAAUUGUAUCAAAGUAAUCAGUAAAAAAUGCUCGCCACAUCGCGAUUGGAUUCAAUCACCGACAAAUUGACAUGUUAUGCCAUAGGUGUCGCGAAAUCGAAGGAAAAAGUAACGAGACCACUUUUAACGUACAUGUGUAUACAUAUUAAUUUAUAUAAGAUAAGCAACAUCAGACACAUCGUGUACUCGCGCGUUAUGCGCACAGGAGUAUAGAAUAUUAAUCGCUAUUGUAUAGAAUGGUAACGCAAUACCAUGCUUAGCUCAUAUUUUUUUUAUAAAUAAAUGUACAGAAUGUA